UGCUACCAUGGCACGCAAUACGUAUCAUAACCAAUUUGUAACAAAAAAUAACCGUGCCGUAGAUUCAUUAAUAACAUCAGCUAAUUAAUGCUAUCGUAAACGAACAUUUCGUAGCAUCAAAGAAAAACGCUAUUAUAAGGGAGCUACCUAUGAUGGCUGCCGUAUACACAGCAGUUGUGAAUUCGCUAUCAAAACUCUAACAUAGCAUAUAAUCCGCGCUAACAAUGAGCAUUUUUCUUGUAGUGUUAUAAACUUUCAUUUGGAGCAUUCGGUAUUUUUUUCCCUUUAUUCGUGUAUUAAGUAAUCAGAUUUGAAAGCCCUUUCAAAGAAAAGUGAUCAGAUUUGUUUAUAUCAUAUACUAUCAGUGGUCAGUGAGCAGGUAGAAAUACUUAUCAUUGAAUGUUUACGUAAUUAACAAAUAUCAACAUGCAAUGCUUUAUUUGGUUAGGUGAAGAAAGACAAAAGAAAAAUUGGCGUUCUUGAUAUUUUAGAUCAUUAGAAUAAAUUGAUAUCCCUUAUAUUGGCUUAUAUCAAAAACAUACACGAAUCCACCGGAAUAACCAACAUAAAAGUGCACUACACAUUAUAAAUCAUUUUUUUUCUAGUUGGAACAUAAUCAUCAUAUAUGCUUUGAGUAUUUUUUUUUCUGUCAGCAAAAUGCUUUGAGUAUAGAUAAUAAGAAUAAAAAUCAUUUGUAAUAAUUUGGUUCUGAGCGAGUACGAGACAGCUAUCGUAAGAAAGAAGUCUUUUCGAUUGUGUUUCAGCAAACAUAAAAUUAUUUCUUUUAUAAUUCUUUUUUUUUGUUUUAUUCACUCUACAAAUUCAAAAAUUCACGACAAUAUUAUAAUUUUUUUUUUGAAAUAUUAUAAUUUAAUUCAAAUAUCAUCAUCUUUACCAUGUAUUCACAAAAUAGCAUUAUUUUAAUAUCAUUAAUCAAAAUUAAUAACCAACUUCAAAAUUUAAAAAUACUAGUUUUAAAUGCAUUAACAAUAAUUUAUACAUCUUUUUAUCUCGUUUUACACAUACAAACCAUUUUUCUUGAUUAUCUUCUCUCAUUUUAUCUUGAAAAUUCAAAAUUUUAGAUUUUAAGAUUACGUGUUCACAAAAAAUAUAUUUAAGUUUGAGAUACUUGGUCAAUAAGGAAUAGGUAUUUAUCAUUAGAAGUUAUGAAUGUUAGAGAAAAUAAAUACAAACUCUCACCGAAUUUAUGUAUGAUAUAUGGAUAUUUUCAGAUUUGUUUAGCAUAGAAAAUUUCUUCGAAAAUUCGUUUCAUCGAAAAAAUUUGUAAAAGAAUCAUCUAGUCAAUGCAUAUGUUUUUUUUUUUUUGCAAUUGACUAUUUUGUGAGUUUUCCUAAAAAAAACGUUUUAGAAUUCUUUCUAACUUGCUUUGUAACAAAAUAAAUUUGAUUAGAAUUCCCAAAAAGUUUCCGCAUAAGCAAGAUUAGUUUUGUAUUGAAAAAAAUCUUGCAGAAAAUUGACUUUUUGUAGUAGACUUAUAAAAAUGUCUAGUGAGUUGAUUUAUGAAAAAAAACACUUCACAUGUUAGAAGAAAUAUCCGAGGUGUCACAAAAAGUUUUUCCAUAUCAGUUUUCAAUUAACAAAAAAUAAUAAAACAUUAAUUUUAAAAUUAAUUAAUUAGAAGAUUUUUCCAAGAGUUCUAUUUUUGUUUCGAGAUUUAGUUCAAACCCUUAGUUUUGAGAGAAACUUCUCUUUAAGUUGUUUCCAAUAUAUUUUCUUUUAAAGAUUUUAGAUAGUAGUUUUAGAUUUUAUUUGAAAAAUUUGAUUGCUAUUUUUUUGGUCUAGAGACAAUUGUGGUUGCAUAGAGCAGUAUUGGCCAGUCACACCAAUCACCCCCAAUAUAACUAAUAAGAAACUGAUUUCUACAACCAUGAUUUGUUUAAUUUUGAAUAAAUUUAUUUUCAUUUUCUUUAUAACGAAAAUGAAAAUCAACUUCAAAUUGGAAAGAGCAGUUAAUCUAAUAAAAUAUAAAUUAUCUAGAUUAAUGUUUGAUAAAUUAAAAUAACAUUUUAGUAUUAAUUAUUUUGAUAUUUUAAUGAAUUAAUAAAAUAUGAUGAUUUUAGCGUUACAAACUUACAAGUUUAAAAAUGUUUUAAUGUAAUCUAUUUUGGAAAAUCUAAUUUUCUUUUAAUUUCCAGAAACUUUUAAUUCUUCGGUCAACCAAGAAUUUGAAGGAAAAGAAAAACAUUAACCAAUUAGAGUAAGCUCAAUCAAAGCCAUAGAUCACUGGUUUCAAACUAAAAAAAACGACCUCACGCGCUUUAACUUCCUCUCUCUCUCUCUCCUCUUUUCUUCCUUCCUCUGCCUAAAACCCAUAAAUGACUGUUAAACAAAUCAAUGGUCUUUACAAAGAAACAAAUCAUUUUAAAUCAAUACUUGCUCCAUUUACGGAGAUCUAUAAUCUCUACUUUGAAGACGAGUUUCGUUUCUGUAUCCUCCAUUGAUUUGGGUUUCUCGAAAUAGUUAACACGUUCAAGACUUUUGAUCAAACCGCGUGAAACCAAACAAAAAAAGUGUUAGUUUCCGCAAAUGUGAGUUCAAAGACAGCUCAUCUUUGAUCACUCUUUCUACAAACUACUUGUGUUUAAGUAGCGAAGCAAGUAAAUACCCAACAACUUGGUCUGAAGGAAAAAAAAAAUAGUCGCUUGAGUUAUGUUGGAGUUGAACGGUUCUUUGCUUCGCCAGAUGAGUUGCCUCUGUCUCUGGUGGUUCUUUGCUUCGACGCUGGUGGUGGUUAUAGCGGAGGAGACGAAAGUGGCAGAGAGACAGCUUAAUCAGACGCCGACUUGGGCUGUUGCUGGUGUCUGCACCUUCUUCAUUGUUGUCUCUGUUCUUCUUGAGAAGCUGAUUCACAAAGUUGGAACGGUUCUAUGGGACCGGAACAAGAAAGCUCUUCUAGAUGCCUUAGAAAAGAUCAAAUCAGAGCUGAUGGUUCUUGGAUUCAUCUCUUUGCUUCUGACAUUCGGCUCAAGUUUCAUUUUGGAAAUUUGCAUCCCUUCACAUGUUGCUCAUACGAUGCUCCCAUGUCCUACAACCAUCGAAAAGGAGGUAGAUGAGAAAGGGGAAGAAGGUCACAGGAAACUCUUGUGGUUUGACCACAGAGUCCUAUCAGAAAUAUCUGUUCCAAAGUGCAAGAAAGAGGGUUAUGAACAUCUUUUUUCUAGCAAGGCACUUCACCAGUUGCAUAUACUCAUAUUCUUCUUAGCAAUUUUCCACGUUUUCUACAGCUUCUUGACUAUGAUGCUUGGGAGGUUAAAGAUUCGUGGAUGGAAACAUUGGGAGAAAGAGACAUCAUCACAUAACUACGAGUUUUCUGUUGAUACAUCCAGAUUUAGACUCACUCACGAAACGUCGUUUGUGAGAGAGCAUACUAGUUUCUGGACUAGGAUUCCAUUCUUUUUCUAUAUAGGAUGUUUCUUCAGACAGUUUUUCAGAUCUGUCAGGAGAACAGACUAUAUGACACUGAGAAAUGGAUUCAUUGCUGUUCAUCUAGCUCCAGGAAGUCAAUUCAACUUCCAGAAGUAUAUCAAAAGAUCCUUAGAGGAUGAUUUCAAGCUGGUGGUCGGAGUCAGCCCGGUCUUGUGGGCAUCUUUUGUCCUUUUCCUUCUCCUAAACGUUGAAGGCUUCAAGAUAUUGUACGUUGGAACUGCAUUGCCGGUUAUCAUAAUAUUAGCUGUGGGGACAAAGCUUCAAGCGAUCAUGACAAAGAUGGCUCUCGGGAUCACUGAUAAACAUGCGGUUGUUCAAGGAAUGCCACUUGUAAAAGGCAACGAUGAGUACUUCUGGUUCGGUCGUCCACAGUUGAUUCUGCAUCUCAUCCAUUUCGCUUUGUUUCAGAACGCUUUUCAGAUCACAUAUUUCUUCUGGAUAUGGUAUUCCUUUGGAAACGACUCUUGCUACCAUCCUGAUUUCAAGAUUGCACUUGUAAAAGUAUCCAUAGCUUUAGGAGUGUUAUGCCUUUGCAGCUACAUCACACUCCCUCUUUACUCACUCGUUACUCAGAUGGGUUCACAGAUGAAGAAAUCAGUAUUCGAUGAGCAAACAUCAAAGGCGCUGAAGAAAUGGAGAAUGGCCGUGAAGAAAAAGAAAGGCGGGAAAGGUAGCACCACCAAGAGACUUGGUGGAGAUGGAAGCGUGAGCCGUACGGCAUCAACUGUUAGGUCUUCUUUGUCUCUACGGUCAUUGCAGCGUUAUAAAACUACAGGACAUUCGAUGAAAUACGAAGGACUGGACCCCGAAACAUCAGAUCCCGAUACAGAGAACGAAGCUUUCGCGCCUCCCAUGCCUCCAAGCAUGCCAACGUCUCCAGGCAUUGAGCUUGCCACUGAACUAGAGACCAAGACCGGUGAGACUAGCUGUGACGGUGAAAAUAGUUCUAAGGAGUUCUCUUUUGUAAAGCCUGCACCGAAUAAAGACAAAUCGCAAGACCGGUCAGAUUAGCCCUGACGGUGAAACUGAUUCCAUAUUAGAUAUAUUUUGUCAGGCCUCGGCGGAGUUGAGAGCCAUUGUAGUAAAGAAUAGUUACUGCAGAUAGUUAUUUUAUGGUUUAUUUAUCUUAAUGCUUUUGUAAAUCAAUGCCGUGGUAGAAAAGUUAAGUAUUGACCGAUCAAUUAAUUAAGUUACGGUUUUGUCUUUUCCAUUUA